AUGCCCUCCCUACUACCUCAGGAAAUCCUGGACGAAAUUAUCUUCCGCCUGUACAACGACAUAGAAGCCCUCAAAAGUUGCUCACUCGCCUCGUCCUCCUUCACCGCCGUCUGCCAAUCCAGGCUCUUCUCCAAAAUCAUCCUGAGACCGAGAUACGGCAUCCGCUGGCCGCCAGGUGGGGGCAGCGCAAGCAACUUCAAGCGGGUUCUUGACAAGUCGCCGCACAUCGCGAACUACGUAGCCUGCCUCGAGAUCUUCGACACACCCUUCGUCGCCGAGAUGGGCCUAGCUGAGGAAUGGGUGUCGAAGGACGAUGGGUUGGCAGCGUGCCUCCUGCGGCUCACACAUCUCAAGGCGCUGCUUAUCACCUACCGCACGGACGUCCAGAUAAGUCACUGGUCUGCCGAGCUGCAGCGGUCUCUCGAAGAGGCGAUGAAGCUCCCAAGCCUCGUCUACCUUGAGCUCAUGGGCUGUCCGCUCGCUCUCCUUGAACGAGGAGGUACCGGACUCCAGCAUCUCACGCUGCGCUGCCCUGUGGGUCGAAUUUUGGACUCCGCAUGGUCAGCUUUGUUCUCUAUUGCGGACACCGUGGCUGCGCGAAUCCAACCAGUGUCCCUCGCGCUGCACUCUGAGGAUAAGGCCAUGUUCCUCGAGUUGAUCAUGCGGCCGGUGCUCAUGCUUGACCUGAGCAAGCUCAGGCGGCUGGCUGUCCAUGCUGGAAUUGGAGCGUCGCUGACGUCGGGCCACGGCGCCGUUGCUCAGCUUCUUCGAGUCUGCGCUAGGACACUCGAGGAGCUGAUAUUCUACCCAAGCAGUGAUGUCGCUCCCGACCCAGAAUUCGACAACGACGAUCGUGUCAAUGACCCGAUCGAUCCCAGCAUCCUCACCUCCCUGCGCAGACUCACAGUCCGCGUGAAUAUAUUCGAAAAGAACCUGUAUCUCCCCUGUCACGACCCCUUCCCCUGGCUACUGGUCUUCCUCACCCAGCUCGCGAACUCAAGCACCACUGUCGCCGCCAUUCACCCCGAUACUGACCACCCGCUCGAAGAGCUGACCGUACACGUGCAACACAGAGUCAGCGCGUCCAAGCCGCGCGAAAUCUAUAUGUGGAGGCACAUUGCGAGUUUCCUUGCGGCGAACCCCUUCUCUAAUCUGCGGAAGGCAACGUUCGAGGUGUCAUCAAGGGACGUCCUUGAGGACCUCCAACAGGCGGGGUACUUCUCGCAGCUUUCCAGUCAAAGGUAA